AUGGGCAUUCUGGAUCCAUUCCAACGAAUAGACGCUCUGAUUGCGCAAUACCAACCAGAGACCUCGAACAUACCCAAUCACCUCACAAGCGCUGCCUUUGUCGACGCCGUCGCGAAUGCGCCCAGCACCGACUUUAUCCGCGCUGCCAAUCCCUCGCAGGCAGCGGUCUAUAAUGUAGACGUCAACCAAACGGCUCUCAAUCGACCCAAUGAACUCGAAAAGAUGGAGAUCAAGCGAAAAACGAUUGGCGUGGCGACGCCACUGAAGAAAGGCGAAGGACGGAAACCACGUCGCUCGCGUGUUGCGGCUAUAUUUGACGACGAGAAUGACCCAGAGGUUCCCUUGCGCGCAGCGCUAAAGCUCAUCGAUCUAUACCCUAAUGCUGUCUCUUCAGACGUGAAAAAUCAGAUUCUGGAAUGGAUAGAAGACGAUAAAGCUCAGGCAGAGCGAAUACGCUCACUGGCAAAGCCAAAGCAACAUGCAGCUCUUGAUAAUGACGAAGCGGGUCGUCUCUCUCAAAUUGAAGAUGAAAUACGACAACUCGAGGACCAGAAUGUCAAACUUCGUCAAAAGUUAAACGCUAGGAUGCAGGCCGAAGCUGCGCGGCAUUUUGAUGCAGCCGACGACUCGAUGAUGAGCGAGUCUUCGCCCAUAGUCCAGCGGACUAUUGGCAGAUCACGGCCUCUACGUCAUCGCGACAAGUCUCCGGAUGGAGACGAAACUGUGGAUUUUAACAGGCUCAAUCUAGUCGACAACUCGUUACUGAUGGAGACGGACACGCCGGACAUAUCUCAACUGAUGGCACAAACUCCAAUGAAGCUUGAUUCGUCUGGAAACUGGGAGAAAAGGAAGGCCGCAUCUUCAUCUUCGUACGUCGACUUCUCAGGAGCGCGUACUCCACCGCGGACAGAAGAGGAGUAUUCCAAUGAGACUCCGCGCGCAUAUGGAUAUGACGACGACUAUGGUGAAGAGGCUUAUGACGAAUCAGCAGAAGUCGAACCCGAGGAUGCAGACGAAACUGUGCUACUGCAGGAGCCAGAGGAUGACAACCAUGUGCUGGGAGAUAGUCCAAUUAACGUGGAAGAGCCACUAACCAAUGAAUCGAGCGAUGAAAAACGGAAUGUGUCACUACAAAGUCCAGAACCUGUACCCCAAGCGACCAUUCAACGUCCGACCACGGAGGACGAUCUUGAGUCCGCUCAAGAUGCAUCAAAGAUGCGUAGUUUCACCACGAAAAUCUGGUCCAUUGCAGGCGAUGUCCUUGUUCCUGGCAAUCAGUACGAGGCGAGCAAAGGUGAUGGAACAGAACCGACACCGACCUUUAGAGAGACUAAGCAGAUGCUGCAGUCUAUCUCAAAGUCACGGCCAUCCUCGGUAACACCAGAUGACGUUAUUCGCAUUCUAACAGCCUCAUUGUUGUACUAUCUCACCGGGAGAACAACAGACGUUGUGGGCGACUCAGGAGAUGCCUUUUCUUCCGGGACCAGUGAGGCAAAGGAUCUACUUAACAAGGUGAUCGAUGAAAAUGGAUGGGAUCGGACACUCUGUACCAAGGUCAUCUUUAUGUGGACGGGAAAACGGCUCCUCAAGAGUGAAGGUGGUAGAAAGAUUCGCUGUAUAACCCGGAUGAUGGCCCUCUACUCUGCUGCACAAAUUAGCUUUAUCAUUGUUUCGCUCAUCUUCAUCUGCAAUAGCGUCGGUUUCGUCCUGUGUUCUGUGCUCAAUGUCUUUCUCUCUGGACGCAUCAACUUCUCCAAGUUGCUUGUGGUCUCUUCCAUCCUACAAAUCGCCUCAUACGCCAUCCUCUGCGCUGCGCCACCAUUCCCGCUCGUAUGCGUUGCGUACUUUUUCGUCGGAGCCGGUCUUGCCCUUCUCAACGCACAUGGAAAUGGAUUCAUGUCGAUGCUGAAGAACUCGUCCCAAAUGGGGAUGGCACAUGCUAUCUACGGUAGUGGCGCCUUGGUAGGUCCUCUAAUCGCCACCCAAUUCGCCCAAUUUUCGGGACGAAAGUGGGCGUAUCACUACUUUGUGCUACUAGGCGGUCUACUGGUCAGCUUUACAUUGCUUGUGUUCGUCUUCCGCGGGAAAGAGUAUGAUGUGAUAUUGGGUGAGAUGGGCUUAGUCCCGGCGACGUCCAGACAAGAUACAGAAGCCAACUCUGUAACUAGCAGAGGACGUGAAGUUGCUGAGGAGAAAUCUAGCGGCUUCGCUAAGAUCAUGAAGCAAGUAACCAUGCACGUUAUGGCCCUCUUCGUCUUUGUUUACGUCGGGGUCGAAGUCACGAUUGGAGGCUGGAUCGUGACGUUUAUCAUCCGCGAGCGAGGAGGUGGGCCGUCCUCGGGAUAUGUGAGCUCUGGUUUCUUUGGAGGUCUCGCAUUGGGCCGUGUCUUGCUAUUAUGGGUGAACCGAAAGAUUGGGGAGCGUAACGUCGUGUUCUUGUACACUGUCAUUGGCAUCGGACUCGAAUUCGUCGUCUGGUUUGUUCCCUCUCUAAUUGGCGACGCGAUUGCCGUCUCCUUUGUGGGACUGGUCCUGGGGCCUAUGUACCCUAUUGUAAUGUCUCAAGCGGGACAUAUUAUGGCUGUUUCCGUUCAGGUUGGCGCGUUUUGA